AUGCGCAUCACGAUCCUUUUCAACACCCCAGUGGCACAGGAUAUGAUCGCCAGUGGCACGCUCUCCACGGAUACGGCGAGCAAGCUGGAUGUCCUUGGGCAUGAUGGUGACACGCUUGGCGUGGAUGGCGCACAGGUUGGUGUCCUCGAAGAGACCGACGAGGUAAGCCUCGGCGGCCUCCUGGAGAGCCAUCACGGCGGAAGACUGGAAGCGAAGGUCGGUCUUGAAGUCCUGGGCGAUCUCACGGACGAGGCGCUGGAAGGGCAGCUUGCGGAUGAGCAGCUCGGUCGACUUCUGGUAGCGACGGAUCUCACGAAGGGCGACAGUUCCUGGGCGGUAGCGAUGAGGCUUCUUCACUCCUCCUGUGGCUGGGGCCGACUUGCGGGCGGCCUUGGUGGCCAGCUGCUUGCGGGGGAGCCUUUCCUCCGGUGGAUUUACGAGCGGUCUGCUUGGUACGAGCCAUUGCUGAGUGUCCUGAGCGAACGUGAGAUGCGCUCGCUACACUCCCCUUUUAUGCAACUCGCCGGGGGAGGGCGGGGCUGA